CCUGUUUUUGAUUACUCUGUUUACUUUGUUCUAUUGUCUGUGUUUUCUGGGAAGGUUGAAAUUACAACACUGUAUAUGUUAUGACAAAUACUGCGUAAGCAUGACAACCACGAUCAGUUAUGUCGUGUUACUACAAAAUGAGUGAUUGGAAUAGGGCCGGUCUUCCCCCCUUCUCAGCCCAUUUAUGUAACUCAUGAGGCUUGGAUGUUAGCUGAGCGGUUGACUUUAAUGGAGGCCUACUUCAUCAAUCCUUAUUUAUCCAACUCGUGGGCUAUCCAAACCUUGAAAGUUGAAAGCCCACUUCAUCCAUGCUCUGGCAGCUCUGCAUUUUGGGUUUAAUUGACCGUUAAAGACCAGAAUAGGGUUCCGCCGUUCCGGGAAUCCGGAUGGCAGUGAUGAUAACGGUGGACUCGCUUUCCAAGAUCACAUGCUUCUGGUCGUGUGCCUUCGUGGAGAGCAAGUUGCGCGCGGCCAGUUGUGGGCGAAGAGGAUCUCGCCCGUCAUUUCGGACCACCGAAGCGAGGAGUCCCGCGUGAAUGCAAACAGAGGUCCGGGCAAUUGAGCGCGAAUAAUUGAAAUCUAUGGCAGUCUUCAACUCCGACGGCAGAAUUCAAGAGCCACAAUUACUGAGGCAGAUCCCUUGUUUCACUUCUGUUUGUAUGAUAAAGCCAACUAUACUGCAAACAGUACGUACCAGGCAAAUCUUGAACGGGUCCUUUCCUCUGUUUCUAAUGAAGAAAACGAUUAUGGCUUCUACAACUUGUCUGCGGGCAACAAUUCUGAUACCGUUAAUGCAAUCGCACUGUGUAGGGGAGAUGCUAAGCCGAAUGAUUGUCUUAGUUGCAUCAGUAAUGCUACUAUUGAGCUCAAGAGGCUAUGUCCUAACCAGAAAGAAGCAAUUAUAUGACGUGGAUGGAUUUAAUCAGGCCCUGAGUGGCUUGUUAACUAGUCUAAGAAGCAUGGCUGCAUCAGGUGGUCCCCUUCGCAAGUUUGCCGCAGCAAAUGCAACAGCUCCAGAUUUCCAAACAAUUUAUGCCCUUGCCCAAUGUACUCCUGAUUUGUCUGAGUCGGACUGUAACGACUGCCUUGUCAGGAAUUUUGGAAAUAUACCAGAUUGUUGCGAAGGAAAAAGAGGGGGGAGGGUCAUUGGGCCAAGCUGCAAUUUCAGGUUUGAGGUUGAGCGCUUCUAUGACCCCUCAGCGAGCACAACGGUUGCAUCACCACCACCACCAGCAUCUCCCCCACCACCUCCAAUCCCAGCAUCUCUCUCACCCCCAUCAACUAAUACAACACCAUCACAAGAGGGCAAGGGUAGUGCAUCUAAUACCACCAUCAUUGUAGUUAUUUCAACCACCGUUCCUGCAAUUAUUAUUAUCUGUGUCUGCAUCUGCAUCUUUUUAAGAGUGAGAAAGUCAAAAAAGAAAAUCGAACCUGCGGUUGAAGGUGUGAGUGAGAUUAGAAGCGCCGACUCCUUGCAAUAUGAUUUUGGCACCAUUAGAGUUGCAACAAACAACUUUUCCGAUGCCAAUAAGCUCGGACAAGGUGGCUUUGGUGCUGUUUAUAAGGGUAGGCUUCCUAAUGGACAAGAAGUAGCUGUAAAAAGACUGUCUAGGGAUUCUGGACAGGGAGAUCUAGAAUUUAAAAAUGAAGUCGUCUUGGUGGCCAAGCUUCAACACAGGAAUUUAGUGAGGCUUCUUGGCUUUUGCUUAGAUGGACACGAAAGGCUUCUCAUCUAUGAGUUCGUUCCUAAUGCAAGCCUUGAUCACUUCCUAUUUGAUCGCAUCAAACGCAUAAAUUUAGACUGGGAAAAGCGCUACAAAAUCAUAAGAGGAAUUGCACGAGGACUUCUUUACCUUCAUGAAGAUUCUCGUAUACGUAUUAUUCAUCGCGAUCUCAAGGCUAGCAACAUUUUGCUAGAUGCAGAGAUGAACCCAAAAAUUUCUGAUUUUGGCAUGGCAAGAUUGUUUGCAAUGGACCAAACUCAAGGAGAUACGAGUAGAAUUGUUGGAACCUAUGGAUAUAUGGCUCCAGAGUAUGCGAUGAACGGACACUUCUCAGUUAAGUCAGAUGUUUUCAGUUUUGGGGUCCUAGUUCUCGAGAUUGUGAGUGGUCGGAAAAAUAAUUGCUUCCAAAAUGGUGAGAUCACUGAGGACCUUUUAAGCUAUGCUUGGAGAAAUUGGAGGGAAGGGGCAGCUUUGAAUCUAAUAGAUCCCACAACAGGUGCAGGGUCAAGGAAUGAAAUGUUGAGAUGCAUCCACAUUGGAUUGCUCUGUGUUCAAGAAAAUGUAGCCGACCGACCAACUAUGGCCUCAGUUGUUCUAAUGCUUAAUAGCUACUCACUCAGUCUUUCAGUACCCUCAGAACCAGCGUUCUUCAUGAAUAGAAGCAUUGAAUCCGACAUGUCAUCCUCGCGAGAUUCCAAAUCAAGGAUAACAGAGUCUAACAAAAGCCAGCCAGAAAUCGCUCCACCAUUGGCAAAUGAGGAUCCAAUUACAGAGCUGUAUCCCAGAUAGCUUAUGGCACUUCCAUGAUAUGUAACAAACUGCAAAAAUUAGGAUAUCUAAGUAUGGAGUUUCCUUAUCACACGACUGCUAUGUCAUAUUUGCAAAGAUUCUGUUUUUAUUUUGUUUUCGUUCUCUAAAGAAGAAACAACAUGGACUUUCUCUUUCAUAGCAAUCUCAAAUCUCAAAGC